GUCAUAUGACAAUGUCACUACAAAGCUAUGUCUCAGCAAGUUGUAUUGCUUAUGUUUCAUUAUCAACCUAUUUCAUCUUGUUGUCAGCGAAUCAUAUUAUAGUAUUGUUUGUAUGAGAAGCCUCGAGAAUCGGAUUCUCACAGCACUAUGGUCAUGUGCAUGCUUUGUCCUUUGUUUUAUUUUACUAACGAAAAAAGAGACGUCGUCAUGGCAGAACGCAUUCAAGUGUAUCGUCCAACCUGUUUCGGCGAUCUCAAAACUUCAACGUUUAAAGAAAGCAAGUAGCUCAAAUUUUUCUGUAUCUCCCAAUGGGAAAACUGCCGAGGCACAAAAAGUUCCACAUGAUUACAAAAUCGAGCAUCACAUAUCAUCUAUGGAAAAACUUUUUUUGGCAACAUACAGAAAGGAGUUCCAAAGGGGCUGGUGUAAAAUAAACAAAGGUAGAAUGGAUUGGGAAAAUUUUUUAGCACCAUGUAUUGACCAUACAAAAUGGGACAUUUCAAAUGCUGGCUGGAGGAAUCACGCUUUGAAGACUUCUGCAGAACAUAGCUAUACUUUUAAAUGGGACAUUCGCCAUGCCGGGCAGUUCAGCAGAUUCUUCAUUCAAACUAGAACCUCACGAAAUCUUCCUAAAAAGAUAGGUGGAGAUUCAUGGCGAGUUCUUAUAAAUGGAGUAUCUUCGAUAAGCCCAAUAGUCUUCGAUCACAAUAACGGCUUGUAUGAGGUUGAGUUUUUGUUGAUGGAUGCGGGAAUUUAUGAUGUGCAAAUCUAUCUAGACUAUACGCUGUGCGACGGACUUAAAGAUCCACCUAUAGAUUGGUAUAAAAAAGGAAGCUCUCAAGGAAAAAACCAGGCAGAUGGCGCCUUAAACGGAGAUCACCCGUAUUUAAUGAAAGCCUUGGAAAAUGGAAAACCGAUUCUCAUUAACGUUGCAAAACCAAAUUAUUCCACCAACGUUUUUGCUGCAAUGGAAAAGAUAAGAAAUGAAAUAUACGUCAAAAACCCAUGCAAUCAAAAGUGUCCAAGUCUAUUAUCAAGUGGUGAAGGAAGAUGGAAUGAAGGAGCUUGGAAACCCUUCUAUAACGACUUGAGUUUGUCACAACAAAUUAGUCCUCGUGAUGCCAAAAGUAUCUUGUGGAUAUACGGUGAUUCGGUGUCCAAAUCUUUUGCUGAAUAUCUGGUCACGGGCCCAUACCAGACAAUAUGUACAAAGUUAUUCAAGGAGUGCAAAGUAACAUACUCCUGGGUAUAUAAUAUAAAAAGAGGAAAAGUAGAAGAAACUGUCGAUGGUAAAGACUACAGCCACGAAAAAGUCAUGUAUGAGAUAAUCAAGGUUCUUGACGACAAACGAUUUGACGAACGUAGCGUGCUUCUUUUGAAUUGGGGCAUCCAUUUCGCAGCAGCAGUGAAUUUCACCAACUAUCGAAAAUUAAUCGACGAUUUUGUGGUCACACUUCAAGCAAAACAGAGAACAGGUCAGUGUAAAGGAAAAGUUAUUUGGCGUACAACAACGGCUAUUUUUCGUGAUCGUUUUCCUGAUCCGCACAAAGAUGUUCGUCGUUUUUUAACCGUUCCAAGAAUCAUCUUAUACAACGCGUACGCGAUGUCUACAAUGUGCAGGGCGGGUGUUCAAGUGAUUGACGUAUAUCCGAUGACGAACUCAUUUCCGGCAGGAACCGUGUCGAAACACGAUCCAGUUCAUUACGAACGCCGAGCAAUGCAACAUGCACAAGCUGUACUGUAUCACAUGUCAAGUCACAAGAGAAACUUUUAGCAAUGAUUUUCACUUACUUGUGCAAUAACUAUGAUGAGAGAAUCACCACCAAUCAUGGCCAAUCAUCAACACGACCCACGAACAGAAAUUGUACAUAUUGAACAGGUUAUCUUUUAAAUACAUUCCAACAAGUACAGGC